CACGAGAGCCACUAGUUAGCCAUUACUGCUUAAGCAAAUCACAAGGCUGUCGUACCCACUCACCAUCCGCCUGUUUGCGCCCAUCCAUCCCAAGUCGAGAAAGCUUCCGCGUCCCCAUUCGUCAGAUCGCCCGACUACCUCACCUCCCUUCAGCCUUGCGCGUGCGCGACAAGAGAGACACGAAAUCCAACUUCGUCCCGAAGCUUCACGAAACCCUUUUACUUCUUACAAAUACCCCAUCAAACAAACCCGACCGCAGCGGCGAACCAUUGACGAACCCUUCCUACCGAGACCGACCACCAACCAUCACCAAAUUUCUCCCCAUCCCUCACCGUCAACUCUUCACGCAAUCGCACGAACAAAAAGCACCCCCCAACAAACCGCAACAAUGGUAGUUAACGAGCUCGUAUCAGACAAGAAACUCGGCGCGGUCCUCCAGACCUCAGGCUACGCCCAAGACCAAGCCGCCAAGCUCCUCCACCUCCUCACCGAAAUCACCCGCGCGGCCGAAGAUUCAGAGUCAGCAUCAGCCUCUUCGCCAGAGCUCCAAGCCGCCCUCUCAAAAGAGCAGAAGCUUCUCCUCACAAACAUCUCGCACCUCCGCGGCCUACACCGCUCCGCCAACUUCAACGCGAGAGACACAAAAGCCCAGACGGCCGAGGCGCGGCACGAGGUCGACCGCCUGCACCUCCAGCUGCAGAACCUGUACUACGAGCAGCGCCAUCUCGAGGGUGAGAUCGAGGCGUGCGAAUCUUACGACCAUACCUACCAGAAGCUACCUCUCAUACCCGUCGAAGAAUUCAUCGCCGAGCAACCAGAGCACGCCGACGCCGACGAGGACGCCAUGAUGAUUGCGCGCAUCGGCCACGAGCGAGCGGGACGAGAAGCCCUCGAACAGCAGAGGCUCGAGCUGGUGGGAAGGAAGCAGAAGCUCAUUGCCGAGAACAAGAAGCGCAAGGACGACCUGGCCAACCUCGACAAAGACUUGGAAAAGUUCAUCGAUGCUGCGAAACCCAUCCAGGAACUCUUCGAAAAGGUUGUAUGAAAGCGGUAAUGGAUGGUUUACUCGUCCGUUGUACGAGCCAAGCCCUCCCGCUGCUGCACGACAUGUCUCGCAGGAAGAUGUUUUCGGCACCGAAAGGUCGUAUGCUUCAUUACCCUGCUGGAGACUUCAACUUCGUG